UGAAACGGAGGUCAGUUGACUCUAAGACAUUUGUGCGUGAACGUGUGCGUCAGGAACGGCUACCAAAGACGCGAAAAGAAACCAGUCACCGACUCGACAAAGUUAAAAAAAAAAGGGGGGAAAAAAAUUAGAAAAUCGGACGGUGUUAUAUUGAUUCCGAUUCCGCGUCCUAAGAGUUUUCUUUCGUCUGAUCGACAGGACGUUGUUUAUAGUAUAGUUAGGAAAUUGCUUGAAGUUGCAUUCAACUGCACGGGACAAUAAACGCCCAAUUCGGUUCUACGUAGACUGACCAGCUGAUUGCUAUACAGAAUGAGCUGUCCGUUCGCCAGGGAAAAUGGACUGGAUCCAGCACAACAGGGGAAGAACAUGGUGGAAUUUGGUGGCAUUACUUAUAACUCCUACCUGCAGUUGCAUAAAGUCUUGACAGCGCAGACGCUGAUGUCUGAACAAGAUGGGAAACCUGUGCAUGAUGAACAUCUGUUCAUUGUCAUACAUCAAGCCUACGAGCUGUGGUUCAAGCAAAUUAUCUACGAGAUCGACUCGGUGCGGGAAAUCUUCAGCAAGGAAGAGGUCGACGAGCACAAGAUGUUGGAGAUCGUCAAGAGAAUGCAGAGAGUGACCCUCAUUCUCAAGCUCUGUGUCGACCAAUUCCUGAUUCUAGAAACGAUGACGCCACUGGAUUUCAUGGAAUUCAGGGACUACCUAUCUCCGGCUUCGGGAUUUCAGAGUUACCAGUUCCGACUUCUGGAGAACAAACUCGGUUUGAAAGCGGAACUGCGUGUCCGAUACAACCAAGAAAACUACAUGAAAGUCUUCGGCAAUGAGCCAGACAUCUACAAGAGGAUCAUGGCUUCGGAAGAGGAGCCAUCUCUGCAGAGCUUGUUGUGCCGAUGGCUCGAGAGAACGCCUGGCCUGGAAGAGCGAGGUUUCAAUUUCUGGAAAAAGUACAAAAUGGCCGUCGAUACCAUUCUGGAUGACCAGCUCAGAGAGGCAGAGGCCGAGGACGUCGAAGAGCUGCGGGCGCAUCUACAAACGCAACAGAAGAGAAGAAAAGAACUCUUCGACAGUAUCUUCGACGUCAGAAUCCACAACGGCUUGAUGGCCAGAGGAGAGCGGCGCCUCACACACAAAGCCCUCCAGGGAGCCCUGAUGAUCUCCUUCUACAGAGAGGAGCCUCGCUUCAAUCAGCCCCACCAGUUGCUGCAGCUCCUGAUGGACGUCGAUUCCCUGAUGACGAAGUGGCGGUACAACCACGUCAUGCUGGUACAGCGAAUGAUCGGAUCGCAGCUGAUUGGUACCGGAGGAUCGUCUGGAUAUCAGUAUUUGCGAUCUACUCUCAGUGAUCGCUACAAAGUCUUCCUAGAUUUGUUCAACCUGAGCACUUUCCUGUUGCCGAGAAACUGCAUUCCGCCCCUCACACGCCAGAUGAAGAGCCGACUGAGCACCAUGGAAGAGACCAGCUCCCUGGUGGUCACCACCACCAAACCCAAAGAGGGUCAGCAGCGGCCUGACGAAGGGGUAUCUCCGUCGCCAACGAACUUUGUCUCGGCGGAUUCGCCUUGCUCCAUGGAGAACGGCGAGGAGAAGCACACCACCUCUGACAGCGAUUUGGAGAAGAGUCUAGAAAACAGUAUGGAGAGAUCCUGCGAAGCAUCGAUGUAAAUUGGGCGCAUCGAAGAGGAAAGAAGUAAAUGUUCUAAGAGGCUCACAAUAAUAAAAAAUAAUGCUGCGAGUUCGUGUAUCAUUUAAAAACCCUUUACAAAGCUUUCGAACCCUUCCCUGGGUUCAUCUUUAGUCCAAGAUGAACCCAGGGAAGAGUUCGAAAGCUUUGUAAAAGAGUUUUUAAGUGAUACACGAACUCGCAACAUCUCUUAUUAUUGUGGGACUCUUAGAACAUUAUAUAUACUCUCGCGAUAGAGAGUUUUUCCCAACUAGAAAAGAAGUAAAUAUGGACAAUUUUACUCACUAGCUCUGCAUCUUAGUACUAAUUACCCAUGCAUUUUGUCGACGUGCGCUCACUUUGAGGGCGCAGAUACCCUGAAGAUCAUCAUCUUUUGUAUUUCAUUAGCACAGUAAUAGCUUUUAUACGACGAUGAAUGUAUUUUGUUUGGAGAGAGUAUGAUCAUAUGAUCCAAGUACAACUACAAUUUUGUAUACAAGGUUAGCAUAAAACUUUUUUACGAAAUGUAGAAUAACUUGACUUGUAACUAGAACAAGUUCAGUGUGUAACUCAAGUACAAAUUUACUCUUGCCUCACUAAAGUCAAAUUCAGGGAAACGCCCGAGGUCAGAAUAUGUACAAGUUGUUCUUUCCUUCUUAGCUCCAAACAUGCUAGCAGUUUGCCUGCAACGAUACAGUAGUCAGUGAACAUUCUCUUCUCGUGUGCCUCUUAACACUUCCGUAAGCAAUUCUGCAGGUGUUAUAUGCUAUUCGCUGAAGUUGUAAACCCGAGUCAUAAGAAAGAGCGAUAUUACAAUAGCGAAUUCAUAAGAACAAAUCUUCAAUUGAUAUUGACAGUGGAUAUUGACAGAGAUGAAUCCCCCCCACCCCACCCCCCAAAAAAAGUAUCUUUUUUUAUUUUUAGAGCUUCGUAUAUCAACGUCCUCACUUGAUAAGGUGCUACAGACCCAUGCUUUCCCAAGCUAAUAAUAUCACUACUGAAGAUAGUUCUCGAAUUCUAUGACCCCCUUCGCCAAAUAUAUACUUACACACAUCAAACACAUACUUUUAUACACAGGCGUUUUAUCUCAAAUCUUACAGUCAUCACUGACCGAUGGUGUAAACAUUACAAUUUAUUCAAUUUCCUAGCUAUAGUAUAGUAGUCCAUGGGAAAGAUCAUGGAUUUUAUGCCCUGAGGAUACUGAAAUACAUUGAUACCACAGGCUACUUAAUUUUCUCAUAGUUUAGUCUGUUGCCUACCGCAGAGUAUUUCAUAAAACUUUCUGUGACGUAAGGACUUCACCUCUUAUGUAAAAUCAGCUUAGGACAAGUGCUCAGUUCUUCACCUUUUCUCUAAUUUUCAUUCAUUUUGGAAAAUAUCUUAGGUUUAAAAAAAGAACUUGUUGUUCCCGCAUUAACUUUAGGGUAUUCUUCCAACUUGGGCUACUUUCUUUUAUAACUUUUAAAAUUUACUUUUUUGCCGUCGUGUCUUCAAGUCAUGAUGAGAACGGAGGUGUUUCAAAAGGUCAGCAUGAUGCAAAUUUCUUAUCCUCUCAUCAAAAAUGUACACACACACACACACACACACACACACACACACACAUAUAUAUAUAUAUAUAUAUAUAUAUAUAUAUAUAUAUAUAUAUAUACAUACACCUUCUAGUGGUAGAAGUUCACUCUCGACGUGGUUCGGAAGUUAAGUAAAGCCGUUGGUCCUGUUGCUGAUUAACUACUGGUUCCAUGCAACGUCAAAACACCAUGCAAUCAAACAAACAAACAAAUAAGAGAUACCAUUUCAGAAUACAAAAUAAAUUUAUUUAAAAGUGUUUGAAACUCUCCACAGUAUGACUUUAUACGUGCAAAGAUUCAUACAUAUGUAUGUACACACUCUUCAAACAUACAUGCGUGCAUUCUUCAGGCAACAGAAGCUUUACUACUAUUAAAAAGAGUUACUGUAAGAAUAAUAUUACUGGUUUUCAUUUGGACGUAGUGCUCUUACUGUUUAAGUCUAAUUCAUAAUACUCUAUUAUCAAAACGUUGUUUUAAAUCGCUCUAAUAUCGCCGGUUUUUGGUAAUUUUGAAAUUGUUAGGUUUUAUGGGAGUUUUUUUUUUUUAACGUCACUUGGGUGUCUCAGUGCUCAAUAUCACCACUACCAACCACGAAACUCUGAAACCCUGUUGUAAGUUUCCAGAAUGUUUUAUUUUUUUUUAUGAGAUUGCCAGCUCCACGCCCAACGAAUCAUCUAGAGGUAAUCAUUUUCGGGGGUCUGGAAAAGUCUUGCAUUCAACCCACAGCCGUAAUAAGGUUUACAUCUUUCAUCACAUUAGUGAACGAUUCUUCUGGUGUACUACCCUUCACAGUUAAGCUUGCCGACUUGCACCAACAAAGGAAAACCCUGGGAAAUAUUCAGAAUGUGAAAAAGAUCUGAUAUCGUCUGCUCGAUUCCACCUUUUCAGAAUAUCCGUAGAGCCAGUUUAUUUCUAGAUAAACAGUUACUGUUCAAGUAAAACUGACACAAUUGUUGCCAAGAUCUUGCUAUAGAGUAAUUGCAAAGUGCUUCAUUUUCACAACCACCCCCC